AGAGCGGGCCUGGGUCUGAUCCUGCCUGGGAGACACGUCUCCACUGCCCAUUUCCACCACACUGCGGGCGUCUGCCUAGUGUGAGCCCCUGUGCGGUAUCUGUGUGUUUCUGUGGAUGGGAAAAGGGGGACGGCGGUGUGUGCGUGUGCGUGUAGAGCAGAGCUAGGCCUAGUUCCUCACUGUCCUCUCUUUCUCUCGCUCCCUGCACCUCACCCCAUCAGCCCCCAGACUCAGCCACCAGUCCCUCAUCACAUGGGCAGUGAAGGGAUGGCUGCCCAGCUGCUGGCUGACGAGGCCCUGGAGUUGGUGACCUUCAAAGACGUGGCCGUGGACUUCACCCAGGAGGAGUGGCAACAGCUGGAGCCGGCUCAGAGGGACCUCUACAGAGAUGUGAUGCUGGAGAACUUGCAGAACCUCAGCUCACUAGAUUUGGAAUCCAGGCCUGACAGGGACGGCCCAGAGGAAGCCGUGCCUGCAGGAGCUUCCCCCGGGCUGGCCCUGGAAGAGCUGGGAGGGAGCCGCCUCUGGCGCUCCGGGGCGGGAGAGUCCGAGGGGCCUCCAGGAAGGGCCCCUGCAGAGCAUCAGCCCAGAGACGCCCAGCCAGAAAUUCCAGAAGGGAGGAGCCUCCACAGUUGUGCCCCGCGGAACCCCGACUGGGAGGGCCCCCGGGGAGCCCCUGGCGGCGAGGAGCCCUGCGUGUGCAGGGAGUGCGGGGAGGCCUUCGCGCAGCGGGCCCAGGUGGCGCAGCACCAGCGCGCACACGCCCUGGACAAGCCCUUCGCGUGCGGCGAGUGCGGGAGACGCUUCCGCAGGAAUGCCACGCUAGCCGUGCACCGGCGCGUGCACACCGGGGAGAAGCCGUUCGCGUGCGCCGAGUGCGGCAAGGCCUUCAGUCAGCGCACCAACCUCACGGUGCACCGGCGCAUCCACACCGGCGAGCGGCCCUACCGCUGCGCCCAGUGCGGCCGGGCCUUCGUGCAGAACAUGCAGCUGGUCGGGCACCAGCGCACGCACACGGGCGAGCGGCCCUACCCGUGCGGCGACUGUGGCAAGGCCUUCACCCUCAUCACCAAUCUGGUGGACCACCAGCGCAUCCACACCGGGGAGAAGCCCUUCGUGUGCGACGUGUGCGGCAAGCGCUUCACCAAGCGCUCGUCCCUGCUCGGGCACCAGCGGGCCCCCACGGGCACCAGACCCCACCAGUGCCGGGUGUGCGGGAAGGCCUUCCGCAAGAAAUCCGACCUGGUCAACCAUCACCGCACACACACAGGCGAGCGGCCUUUCAAGUGCUACGAGUGCGGCAAGGCGUUCACGCAGAGCAUGACGCUGGUGGAGCACCAGAAGACGCACACGGGCGAGAAGGCGCGCCCGUGCCAGCAGUGCGGGAAGCGCUUCACCAAGUCGUCCGCGCUCAUCCUGCACGAGAGGAUCCACACCGGCGAGAGGCCCUUCCGCUGCCCCGACUGCGGCAAGGCCUUCAACCAGAACGUGCAGCUCGUGGUGCACCGGCGCAGCCACACCGGCGAGAGGCCGUUCCAGUGCGGGGCCUGCGGGAAGUCCUACAGCCAGAAGGGCUACCUCACCGUCCACCGGCGCACGCACACUGGGGAGCGGCCCUUCCCGUGCACGGAGUGCGGCAAGACCUUCAGCCAGAAGGCGCACCUCUCCAUCCACCUGAGGAUCCACACGGGCGAGAAGCCCUACCGAUGCGGCGAGUGCGGGCGCAGCUUCCGGAAGGUGUCCUUCCUGUUCCAGCACCAGGCCAUCCACAGCGACGAGAGGCCCUUCCAGUGCGGCGUGUGCGGCAAGGCCUUCGUGCGCAAGUCCACUCUGGUCCAGCACGGUAGGACCCACACGGGAGAGAAGCCCUAUCAGUGCACGCAGUGUGGGAAGGCCUUCCGGCACCAGCCCACGCUAAGGGCGCACCUUAGAAUUCACACCCGGGAGAAGCCCUACGAGUGCCAGGCGUGCGGCAAGGCCUUCAGGCGCAUCGGGAAUCUCACCUGCCACCAGAAGACCCACAUGGCCGGGGAGGUGGCCCCGCGCCGGCCCAGCUCAGGGAGCAGGCCUUCCUCCCAGCUAACCAACAACUGAGCCUCACGUGAUGGGCCUGAUGGCCAAGUUUCGGCCUUCUUUCUCUUUAGGCUUAACUUAGGGACCUCAAGAGAUGCCCAUAAGGCUGGUGCCACAUUCCUGACAAUCUGGAAAAGACAGAUGACAGCAGGGCCUGCUUCAUGGGUGCACAACCUGAGCCACCACACAGGGCGCACAUCGAUUUCAUGCUCUGCUGUCACUGUGGUGAAUUUGCCAGUCCCAGGGAGGAGAUCAGACCAGGGGUUGAGAAACCACAGCCCACAGAGCCAGACAUGCUUUUGCAUGGACCGCAAGGCAAGAAUGGUUUUUACCUUUUGGAAGGGUUGUAAAAUAAAAUGAAAAGAGUAUGAGAAGAGAGCUCCUAUGACCCGCAAAGGGUAAAAUAUUUACCAUCUAGGCCUUCACACAAAGUUUGCCAGCCCCUGGCCAUCAACCAAGAGUAAUCGAAGAGAAUUCUGGACCCUCUUUCACCACCUAGGGCAAGUCCCUGCUUGGUCGCAAGGUCUCCCUCCCUGGUCCUUUCUGGGUGGGCUGCUCCACAU